AUGCCGCAGCUUCUGCAACGCACGCGCCGACAGCCGGCGGCAUCGUCUGGUCGGUCUGCUGUGGAUGAUGUCCCGCUGGAGCUACCUCCCUACGAACCUCCCUCGUACCCAAUGGACGAAAACUUCAAGCAGAAGCUGGUGUCAAUGUAUGCCAACCGAGAAACCGACAGCUCGAGGCGCCAAUACGAAAAGCAUCUCACCAAGUCGUCCACCUACCUGUUCGAGAGUGUCGGCAGCAUCAACGACAUUUUGUUUGCCCGGAAGCGGUCCCUGGCACACAUGGCCGAGAAGAGGCGGGCCCGGGGCGAACGAGACAAGGACGAUCGAGAGGUGUCCCUGGAAGAAUACGUUGCCGAACUGGAUGCCGCCAUCACCGAGCUGACCGAUUCCUCUGAGGAAGCGCUCCGUCUUGUGAUCGACUGCCGCGUCGAACUCGAAGACCAUCAAGCCGUGUUGGGAAAGGUCAUAGAGGGGCUGAAUGCCCAGCAGGCCCCGCCGGAGCCGAAGCCGCGACAGCCAAAAGAGAAGGCUUCGAGACGACGGAGGGCCGCCAGUGACGAUGAGGACGGCGAUGCUGGCUCUUGGGAUGCAGAGACGCAAGAGGAUGACGACGAUCAGGAUAACUCCGAUGCCCAGGAUGUGCCACCCUUGACUGGCGUGAAAAAGCUGUUGGAGGCUGCCCGCCAAGCCAUGACGGAGGAGUAUGAUGCAUUAAGCGCCCACCAGCGGUACGCUAUCAACAAUGACUACAUCUCGUUCAAGAAGAGCUGGCAUGAUGCCUUACACCCCGAGGAUCAAGUUCCCCUUCCUGAUCCAUCCACCUGGUUCGACGAGCACGGGAGGCCAACCAAGGACGCUGUGGCCGACGCCAAUGAGGACGAUGACCUCGUGAUUGAGCGCGAAAUCAUCGAUCUGAAGUGCCCACUGUCGCUUCAGAUUAUGAAGGAGCCCUAUAGCAACCAUCAGUGUAAACACACGUUCGAGAAGGCGGCAAUCAUGGAAUUCAUCCGAAGCAAUGGCGGCAUGGCAAAGUGCCCCGUCUGCUCAAAGGACCUACGCAUCACGGAUCUGUACCUCGACGUGGUGAUUCAACGCAAGGUCAAGCGGGCGGAAGAGGCUGCCAGGCGACGCGGGGUCGACUACACAUCGGACAUUGAGCCCGAAGAAGACGAUGAUUCUAGUAUGAUCGUUGGAAAGUCUACCACCAUCAAGAAGGAGAAAGCUCGACCCCGCCGGAUGGAGGAGAUAGACCCGAAUGACGACUGA